CGAACAAUGGCAGAAGAAAAUAUCUAUGCUAAAGAUGGAACAACUGAUUUCUGCAACAAUCCUGCCAUCAGGAAGGAAAAAGGAACUUGGAAAGCAUGCCCUUAUAUCCUAGGAAAUGAAUGCUGUGAAAGAUUGGCGUACUAUGGUAUCAACACAAACCUGGUUAAUUAUCUCAAAUUCAAACUAAACCAGCCAAGUGUUGUAGCUGUUAAUAAUGUCACCAAUUGGUCUGGAACGUGCUAUGUCAUGCCACUUAUUGGAGCCUUUCUAGCCGAUGCCUACUUGGGAAGAUAUUGGACAAUUGCCAGUUUCUCUAUCAUUUAUGUAAUUGGGAUGACAAUAUUAACAAUGUCAGCAUCUCUCCAUGGACUGAAGCCAACAUGUGAUGAAAAAAAUGUUUGCCACCCAACAGGGUUACAGAUUGCAGUAUUUUUUGUAGGACUUUAUCUGAUAGCUUUGGGAACUGGAGGGAUUAAGCCUUGUGUUUCAUCAUUUGGUGCUGAUCAAUUCGAUGACUCCGAUGAAACGGAGAAGAAAAAGAAGGGUUCUUUCUUUAAUUGGUUCUAUUUUUCCAUUAAUAUUGGUGCUCUUGUUGCUGCUUCUUGUCUUGUUUGGAUACAAACAAACGUUGGUUGGGGUUGGGGCUUCGGCAUCCCUGCAGUGGCUAUGGCCAUUGCCGUUGUAAGUUUCUUCUCGGGUACUCGGUUGUAUCGAAACCAAAGGCCAGGAGGGAGUCCCUUGACCCGAAUCUGCCAAGUGCUAGUCGCUUCUUUCAGGAAAACUCGGACACCAGUGCCCGCUGACAAGUCUCUUCUAUACGAGACCGCUGAUGAGAAAUCUUUUGUCAUAGGAAGCCGCAAGCUUGAUCAUACAAAGCACUUAAGUUUUUUUGACAAAGCAGCUGUGGAGACCCCAUCAGAUCGUAUAAAAGGGUCCAUAAAUGCUUGGAGACUAUGCACAGUGACUCAGGUUGAAGAGCUUAAGUCCAUUAUAAGAUUGCUUCCAAUAUGGGCAACCGGCAUUAUAUUUUCUGCUGUAUACAGUCAAAUGGGCACCUUGUUUGUCCUGCAAGGCAACACAAUGGACCUUCACAUGGGCAGCAGCUCAUUUGAAAUCCCCUCAGCUUCACUUUCCCUCUUCGACACAAUCAGUGUCAUCUUUUGGGUACCGGUUUACGACCGUCUAAUCGUGCCAUUUGCGAGAAAGUUCACAGGCCAUAAAAGCGGAUUCACUCAGCUUCAACGCAUAGCAAUCGGCCUAGUCAUCUCAAUUUUCGCUAUGCUGGCUGCAGGAACUCUGGAGCUUGUGAGGCUCCGCGAAGUAAAGAAACACAAUUACUAUGAACUUAAACACAUUCCAAUGUCAAUUUUCUGGCAGGUGCCGCAAUACUUCAUUAUCGGGUGUGCUGAAGUGUUCACCUUUAUUGGGCAAUUGGAGUUCUUUUAUGAGCAGGCCCCUGAUGCCAUGAGAAGCCUGUGCUCGGCUCUGUCACUGACGACUGCGGCAUUGGGGAACUAUUUGAGCACAAUGCUGGUUAAUACUGUUACAGAUUUGAGCACUAGGCAUGGUAAAUCUGGGUGGAUACCAGACAACUUAAACUAUGGUCAUCUUCACUACUUCUUUUGGCUUUUGGCUUCAUUGAGUGUCCUCAAUUUGGGAGCAUAUCUUCUGGUUGCUAGGUGGUAUACAUACAAGAGGCCCUUGGUAUCCACUCAUUGA